AUGCCCCUGCGAGUCGAGGCCCUGGUUGCCACCGACACCGCCUCCGCCGCUGCCGCCGAGGGCAGGCGUGCUAAGGACGACGUAUGGGUGGCGGAGGAGGGAGACAUGUCUGGAGCCAGCGCCGGCCGGCCGCUACUGUUCCGGACCAUGAAGGUCAAGGGAAGCAUCCUGCAUCCUUACAGGUUCUUGAUCCUGGUGCGCUUGGUCGCCAUCGUCGCCUUCUUCGCGUGGCGAGUAGAACACAGGAACCAUGAUGGCACGUGGCUCUGGGCCACGUCCAUGGUGGCGGACGCCUGGUUCGGCUUCUCAUGGCUCCUCAACCAGCUACCCAAACUCAACCCCAUCAAACGCGUGCCGGACCUUGUGGCCCUGGCGGACCGGCACGGCGAAGCCAUCCUUCCAGGUAUCGACGUCUUCGUCACCACCGUCGACCCCGUGGAUGAACCGGUCUUGUACACCGUGAACACCAUCCUCUCUAUCCUUGCCGCCGACUACCCCGUCGACAAGUACGCCUGCUACCUCUCCGACGACGGUGGCACCUUGGUGCACUACGAGGCCAUGCUCCAGGUUGCCAGUUUUGCCGCGUUGUGGGUCCCGUUUUGCCGAAAGCAUUGCGUCGAGCCAAGGUCCCCGGAGAACUAUUUUGGGAUGAAAACCCGGCCAUACGUCGGGGGUAUGGCAGGAGAGUUCAUGAGUGAUCACAGGCGUGUGCGUAGAGAAUAUGGUGAGUUCAAGGUGAGAAUAGAUUCCCUUUCUACAACCAUCCGCCGACGAUCUGAUGCCUACAACAAAGGCGAUGAUGGUGUACAUGCCACUUGGAUGGCUGAUGGGACACAAUGGGCGGGUACAUGGAUUGAGCAAGCUGACAACCAUCGAAGAGGACACCAUGCUGGAAUUGUUCAGGUCAUGCUAGACCAUCCAAGUUGUAAACCACAACUUGGAUCGUCGGUGAGCACCAACAGUCCAAUUGACUUGAGCAACGUUGACACAAGACUCCCCAUGCUCGUCUACAUUUCCCGGGAGAAGCAUCCCGGUUAUGACAACCAAAAGAAGGCAGGCGCCAUGAACGUGAUGCUCCGCGUCUCCGCGUUACUCUCCAAUGCUCCCUUCGUCAUCAACUUUGACUGCGACCACUACAUCAACAACUCACGAGCUCUCCGUGCCCCUAUGUGCUUCAUGCUCGACCCUCGCGAUGGUCAGAACACGGCUUUCGUCCAAUUCCCGCAACGCUUCGACAAUGUCGACCCGACAGAUCGCUACUCCAACCACAACCGUGUCUUCUUCGACGGCACCAUGCUCUCGCUCAACGGCCUCCAAGGACCUACCUACCUCGGCACCGGUACCAUGUUCCGUCGUGUCGCACUCUAUGGCAUGGAGCCACCACGCUAUAAAGCGGAGAACAUCAAGCUGGUAGGUAAGGCCGCUGAGUUGGGUAACUCGACGCCAUUCCUGAAGUCGAUACCGGAUGGAGCAAUCCAAGAGCGGUCUAUCACCCCGGUGUUGGUCGACGAGGCGCUCACGAGUGACCUGGCCACCCUGAUGACAUGCGCUUACGAGGACCGGACUUCAUGGGGGAGAGACGUUGGGUGGGUGUACAACAUCGCGACAGAGGACGUGGUGACCGGAUUCCGCAUCCACAGGCAAGGGUGGCGAUCCAUGUAUUGCUCCAUGGAGCCGGCCGCGUUCCGUGGAACGGCUCCGAUCAACCUCACUGAGCGCCUCUACCAGGUGCUCCGGUGGUCGGGCGGCUCCCUCGAGGCGUUCUUCUCCCACAGCAACGCUCUCAUUGCCAGCCGUCGGCUCCACCCUCUGCAGCGCAUCGCUUACCUCAACAUGUCGAUCUACCCGAUCGCCACGAUGUUCAUCCUGGCCUACAGCUUCUUCCCGGUGAUGUGGCUCUUCUCCGAGGAGUCGUACUACAUCCAGAGGCCGUUCGGCACGUUCAUCAUGUACCUCGUCGCUGUCAUAGCGAUGAUGCACGUGAUCGGCAUGUUCGAGGUGAAAUGGGCGGGGAUCACGCUGCAAGACUGGUGGCGCAACGAGCAGUUCUACAUGAUCACGGCCACGGGCGUGUACCCGACGGCGGUGCUGUACAUGGCGCUGAAGCUCAUCAGGGGGAAGGGGAUAUACUUCAGGCUCACGUCCAAGCAGACGGAGGCCUGCUCCGGCGAGAAGUUCGCCGACCUGUACACUGUGCGGUGGGUGCCGUUGCUGAUCCCGACCGUGGCGGUGCUCGUCGUGAAUAUUGCUGCCAUCGGGGCGGCGAUAGGCAAGGCAGCGACAUGGGGUUUUUUCACGGACCAGGCAUGGCACGCGGUGCUCGGGAUGGUGUUCAAUGUGGGUACCCUCGUGCUCCUCUACCCGUUUGCACUCGGCAUCAUGGGGCAAUGGGGGAAAAGACCAGGCAUACUGUUGGUCAUGUUAGUCAUGGCCAUUGGCACCGUCGGGCUCUUGUAUGUCACACUCCAGCAGGAUGGUCACAGGAUGUCGUUCCUAACCAGGCCAUCUGGGUAG